UUAUGUUGUGAACCUGUUGUUCCGAACUCUCGCACGCAAAGCCGGUCAGUACACACGGUGAGAUGGUUGCUGUGAGAGGAAGUUGUAUUGUAGCACUAUCUUUUCUCAAAAUUCCAAUCAUGGAAGUCACAAUUUCGGAGUGAUCGUUGGUUUAAGUGUUCCCUGGCCGAUGUAGAGUACUAGAGUACCGAUCCAUGGUGUAACCAUGGGCUGUGGCGGUGGGAAACUCGCCCCAGAAACGCCAAUAGAUCGCCACAUCGACUGGGUAAAAACGGUGGAAACCGGCGGUGGAGGGGGCCCAUCGACUGUCAAGAACCAGUACCGGAAGAGUGAGGUGAGCAAAGUGCACCGCAAGCCCAAAUACAAGGCCAAGUUCGACCCCCGUGUGACUGCUAAAUAUGACAUCAAGGCAUUGAUCGGGACGGGGAGUUUUAGCCGAGUUGUGCGAGUGGAGCACCGGUCUACUCGCAAUCCUUAUGCCAUCAAGAUGGUGGAGAAGAGGCGAGAGGGCAAACAGUGCUGGGAGGUUGAACUCAAUAUUCUCCGUAGGGUACGGCACACGAAUAUUAUACAACUCAUUGAGGUGUUUGACAGUAAGGAACGGUUGUAUAUGGUGAUGGAGUUGGCCACAGGAGGAGAACUCUUCGACAGGAUUGUCUCAAAGGGGAGUUUCAAUGAACGGGAUGCAACCAGGGUGCUCCAGAUGGUCCUGGAAGCAGUGCGCUACCUCCACAGUCUUGGGAUAACUCAUCGCGACAUCAAACCGGAGAAUUUGCUCUACUACCAUCCCGGUACGGACUCAAAGAUCAUGAUCACGGACUUUGGACUGGCGAGCUGCCGGAAGGGUACCGGCGAUCAAGACGAAGCAAUGAGAACAAUAUGUGGGACUCCUGAAUACAUCGCUCCGGAGAUCCUAUUGAAGAAGUCGUACAAUCAGUCGGUGGACAUUUGGGCAAUCGGUGUCGUGACGUACAUUUUGCUCAGUGGUAGAAUGCCGUUUGAUGACGAUAACAGAACUCGCUUAUAUCGCAAGAUUCUGAGAGCAAAAUACUCCUUUGCACAUGAGCCAUGGAAGGACAUCACAGCAUCCGGUAAGGACUUCAUCGCCAAGCUACUAAUCAUCUCUCCUAGCGAGAGGUUACCAGCGGCCGAGGCUCUCAAACACCCAUGGAUUGUCACCAACGCUGCCCAGUCCAGCCUCAAAAACCUCCAUCGCUCUAUCAGUCAUAACUGGCUGAAACGUACCUCCACGCGGAGCCGGUCAAGCAAGUCGGCGCGGUCAGCCCGGUCAGCUCGGUCCAACCGAUCCAGCAGGUCCAACCGCUCAAACAAGUCGGACAAGCACCGAGUGCAGUUGAACGAACUCACAGAUCUAACCAAAGAUUACAAAAAGGAAACAAGGUAGCCUGAAGUACGACAAGAAGAAAGUCACACCGACAGUUCCCAUCAUGCACUGCAGAUGACGGCAAGCUCUGGCGAGAAAUUAGUGACUUUUUGGAGUCUUAUACUGAUUUGUCAACUUUGAGUUGUAUUAGAUCACUUUAGCCACCAAACCAAAUGGAUUAAAGGACAUUAGGUUUUAUGAGGGGGGGGGGGGGUGGUUACAUUAAUGAUGGUUUGAUGAGAAAUUAAGGGAAAACUUGCAAAAAGUGUCCAACUGUUUUUUUUUAUAAUACAGUUCCUGAUGUCCACUUAGUUUUGAGGUUCAUUUUCAAAAGGUUUUUUUGGGGGGGGGGGGGGGGAGGUGCACUUAUUGGCUAAAUUAAUCUUUUGGAUUCAUCCAUUAGGAAUUGAAAAAUACACGGAAAUACACAUAUGCCCAAUUGCACGUACAAAAAAGAGAAAUAAAUCAUUUUAUCUAGGCUUUGAGGGUUUAGGGACUGCAAAGGUAUUGAACAAUAUAAACCAAAUCUGCUUGUUUUCUUGUAAUAUUCUGUACAUAAGUUGUAAUCAGUUUGUUAAUACAGUGUCGUAAUGUACAUGUAUGUAUAUCUACAUAGUAUUUUAGAAAAAGAUAUUUUUCACAUAAGAAAUUACUGUAUCAAUUUUUAAAAAUCUAUUUGGUUGCUUCAUAUAUUUAUAUGUCACAAGUUGAACCAAAAUGAACCAUUUAAAGUUUUGUCUGCAUUAGUUUUAUGCAAGUGGGAUCACUUAUGAUGUGAUAUGUCACAUGUAUUUUAAAGGCAUAUAGGAUCAUGUGCAGUAAUCUACAAUGUACCAAAUUAUUAUUAAAAAGCUUAUUUGGAUUGGAGAUCAUACUGAUACUAAACAUCCCUUUACAUUAUUUUGUCCGGCUUGCUAUCAUUUAGAAGUAAUCAAGAAAUGUAGGCGAUUUCAAACGAUCAGUCACUUGACUGAUUUCGUGACAAAAUCGUGUUUCACGAUCAAAAGGUUGUGCAUGCUUUUUCACAGUUUCCUCAAAAAGUGUGUAGUAUCCACUGAGCUGAAACUUCAACAGGUUUACAGGUUUUGGACAUUCCUCCAUGGAUUUGAGUGGUGUUUUUCUUGGAAACAAAUGAUCCUAUAUGCCUUUAAGCAUUUUCAUCUUUCGGAGUAAGCGUAGUCUUUGCCUUGCUUACUGCUCACAGUUAUUGUGAAUUGUGCAAGUUUUGUUGAGCCAAAAUGGAAUUUCGUUCUUUGGCAUUGUUCCAUCUGCUCUCUAAUCAGGAACCAGUGAUCUCUCACUUUCAGACUGGUUUCCGCUCCAACAUUUGAAGUCUUUAGUAUAAUGAGGAGCUGGGAACCAGUCUUCAGCUCUGCUUAAUCAAACCUCAAUUUCCAUGGUAUACGUGUAUUGAUUCCCACGUAUAAAUCAAUGAACAGCCAAUGUCUACCAGUGAAAUCCGAGUGCCUGGUACCCACCAUUCCCUGUGCCAAACAAACGGUAUAUGGCAUAAAAUGUUUAGAACAAAUGCUGUGCAUUUGCACAGCAUUUGUGUAGAUCGUUGCAACUGUGACAAUUUGUUACAAAAUGCCUUGGUGAGAAAAAAAAACCUAUUAUUUUUGCUUUUAUUGAAUCCAUGUAAUCGUUCCUUCUCUAGGACAGCAUGAUCCACAUUUGCAUGAAUAUUUACCUUUGUGAGAAAUACAUUUUCAUAUUUUGUUUCCAGUUAAUGAUUUGUAGAGCAUGGCUUGACAGUGAGAAUAUUAAAACACAGAGAUUAAAAAAAAUUGAA